AUGAAUUUAGCCUUAGCAGAUAGUCCUGGCACCGUGCGGUUGGGAGGAGGAAGAGCCCUUGCCCCUAUCAUUGUUUUACUUAAGAAGCUCAGGUCGCUGAUCAUUGUCUUCUACUAAUCUGUUAUUUACGAAUUUGCGGUCAACAAGAUGAGUUUAAAUCGCCAGACCAUUGUCUGCAUCUAUUGCUUGAUGUGCUGCGGAGUUUUGGUGCAAAUAGCAGAGGCACGGAACCGUCCGAAUGGUAUAUUGGCUUGGUUGGGUUCCAUACUGCGACCCACGACGACGACGACGAUGAGGCCUGGAAUGGAGAUCACUAGUGCUCAAGCGGAAACCAGCACCAUGCCCAGUUACCUAAUGGAGCGAGAGUGCAGUCAUUGUCGCUGUGGCUUCAUCAACACCCUGCACCGCAUUGUGGGUGGUCAGGAGACGCGACGUCAUCAGUAUCCCUGGAUGGCUGUCAUCUUGAUACUCGAGCGAUUCUACUGCGCUGGCUCACUGAUCAACGAUCUUUAUGUGCUAACCGCUGCUCACUGUGUCGAAGGCGUUCCCCAUGAGCUCAUCUCUAUUCGAUUACUCGAGCACAAUCGCAGCGACAGCGACGCCGACGUGCUGCAGCGCCAGGUAAACCAGGUGAAGACCCACGAGCUUUACAAUCCGCGCAGCUUUGAAAACGACAUCGCUGUGAUUCGCCUUGAUCAUCCUGUCAGCUUCGAAGGACACGUUAGACCCAUUUGCCUCUCCGCUCCCAGCAGCAGUUUUGAAGGUGAAUUGGGUAUCGUCACGGGUUGGGGAGCGAAGCGUGAGGGUGACUUUGCCACAGAUGCAUUGCAGGAAGUUGAGGUGCUGGUGCUUAGUCAAGACGAAUGUCGGAAUUCGAGCUACCGCCCCACGCAGAUUAAGGAGAAUAUGAUCUGCGCUGGAUAUCUGGGAGAGGGUGGCAAGGAUGCGUGCAGUGGAGAUAGCGGAGGACCGUUGCACGUGCUGCUGGACGAGAAGCCCGGGCAGUAUCAACUCGCUGGGAUUGUCUCUUGGGGCACGGGCUGUGCUCGUCCCGAUGCCCCUGGAGUUUAUACGCGUGUGAGCGAAUAUCUGCGUUGGAUUGCGACGAAUACGCCGCACGCUUGCCUGUGUACGCCGUAUGCGGAUGAGGAUGAGUUUUAG